CUGAGGAUUCCUCUGUGCCUGCUGACCAACAUCUCAGCCGUCUCCGUACAAACACAGGGCAAAAUGUCGUCGAAGCUGCCCCCAGGUAAACAGAAACCCACGUCCCCCUUCAGAAAGAGGGGAAGCCUGCAGUACACCGCCAGCGCAGAUGUUGGGAUGCUUGGUUCCAAUCAGCACCACUUUAAAGAAGUCUCAGCUGAUCUACGCGGUGGCCGUCAUCUCCUAACUUCCCAGUAUUCCUUGCCUGGCAUCCCGGUUUCCAAACACGGACCCAUUGACCUGCGGACCUCCAUGGAUGGAAAAUACAAAGAAAUUGCUGAGGAGCUGUUCUCGCGCAGUCUGGCAGAGAGUGAAAUGCGCAGCGCCCCGUAUGAGUUUCCUGAGGACAGUCCUAUAGAGCAGCUGGAGGAGCGCAGACAACGACUGGAGCGACAGAUCAGCCAGGAUGUGAAGUUUGAGCCUGACAUCCUCCUGCGAGCCAAGCAGGAGUUUAUGAAGACAGACAGUGCCACGGAUCUGGAGUACCUGAAGGAGCAGAACCAGGUCCCCACUGAUAUGUACCCAGAGCGAGAGCUCAUACCGGAGAGAGAAUAUCAGAGAGUCACCAUCUCCGGAGAGGAGAAAUGUGGAGUUCCCUUCACAGACCUGCUGGAUGCUGCUAAGUGUGUGGUGAAGGCUCUGUUCAUCAGAGAGAAGUACAUGGCUCUGUCUUUACAGAGUUUCUGCAGGACCACAGCGCGGUACCUGCAGGAGCUGGGCGACAGGCCGCUGGACUUCAACAUGUAUGAGGAGGUGCCUGAGACCGCCGUUACUGCAGAUGCUCCAGUCCACCCUCCUGUAUCAGAGACGCACCCCUAUGAGGGCUUAGACGCCGCUAGCCUGCCUCCAGACAUGGGCUACAGCUGCAAGAUGAUGGAUGGUGUUGUACACGUGUACACUCACAAAAGCAACAUGGAGAAGGCCACAGAGCUGGAUCUACCCUACCCUGACCUGCUGGAGUAUAUCGCUGACAUGAACGUCAUGAUGGCCCUCAUCAUUAAUGGACCAGUGAAAUCUUUCUGCUACCGUCGACUGCAGUACCUGAGCUCAAAGUUUCAGAUGCACAUCCUCUUAAAUGAGAUGAAGGAACUGGCAGCGCAGAAGAAGGUUCCCCACAGAGACUUCUACAACAUACGCAAGGUGGACACUCACAUCCAUGCUUCGUCUUGCAUGAAUCAAAAGCACCUGCUGCGCUUCAUUAAGAGAGCCAUGAAGAAGUACCCUAAGGAGAUUGUUCAUGUGGAGAAAGGGCGAGAACAGACGCUCAUGGAAGUCUUUGAGAGCAUGAACCUCACAGCCUUUGACCUCAGUGUGGACACACUGGACAUGCAUGCAGAUCGCAACACUUUCCAUCGCUUUGACAAAUUCAAUGCCAAAUACAACCCGAUUGGAGAGUCCAUCCUCCGAGAGAUCUUCAUCAAAACAGACAACCAUAUCGAAGGGAAAUACUUUGGACAUAUCAUCAAGGAGGUGAUGGCGGACCUUGAGGAAAGUAAAUAUCAGAACGUUGAGCUGCGCCUCUCCAUCUAUGGCCGCUCAAGGGAUGAGUGGGAUAAACUGGCCCAGUGGGCAGUCACACACCAGGUCUACUCCGACAACGUCCGCUGGCUUGUCCAGGUGCCUCGGCUAUUUGAUGUCUACCACACAAAAAAACAGCUCUGCAAUUUCCAGGAGAUGCUGGAGAACAUCUUUUUGCCCCUGUUUGAAGUAACUAUCAACCCAUGUAGCCACCCAGAGCUGCACCUCUUCCUGCAGCAUGUGGUUGGCUUUGACAGCGUGGACGACGAGUCCAAACCAGAGCAGCACAUCUUUAACCUGGACAGUCCUCUACCUGCCAACUGGAUAGAGGAGGAUAAUCCUCCUUACUCCUACUAUCUCUACUACAUGUACGCCAACAUGACUGUGCUCAACCACCUGCGCAGGAGAAGGAACUUUAACACGUUCGUGCUGAGGCCGCACUGUGGUGAGGCAGGACCCAUCCACCAUCUGGUGUCCGGCUUCAUGCUCUCUGAGAACAUCUGUCAUGGGCUGCUGCUCAGGAAGGCUCCAGUGCUGCAGUAUCUGUAUUAUCUGGCUCAGAUUGGCAUUGCUAUGUCUCCUCUCAGCAACAACAGCCUGUUUCUCAGCUACCAUCGUAACCCGCUGCCUGAGUACCUGUCCAGAGGCCUCAUGGUUUCCUUAUCUACUGAUGACCCUUUGCAGUUCCAUUUCACAAAGGAGCCGCUGAUGGAGGAAUACAGCAUAGCCGCUCAGGUGUGGAAGCUCAGCUCAUGUGAUAUGUGUGAACUGGCCAGAAACAGCGUCCUCAUGAGUGGUUUCUCCCACAAGGUGAAGAGUUACUGGCUGGGCCCCAGCUACAUCAAAGAAGGCCCUGAAGGGAACGACAUCCGCCGGACCAAUGUGCCGGACAUUCGCGUGGCCUACCGCUUCGAGACAAUGUGUGAGGAGCUGAAUCUGAUCACACAGGCAGUAAGGAGCGAGGAGCUGGAGACGAUUGAGGAGGAAGGCUCUCUGUGCAUGAGCGCAGUGCCGAGUGAACAGUAGGCACAUUAGAGAUGAAUGUUGGCUGCACUGAAGUAAUGUAAUGCACUGAGCAUACCUGAUUCAAAUGUGUACAUCAUUUCCAUAUUAUUAAAAUACAAUACAUCAACACAAUUAAAAGCAAGCAAACUGAGAGACACAACUGUGGUGAUGUAAUAUAUUUUACACAUGCAGAAAUGCUGUACACAUUUGAAUUAUGUAAAUUCGAUGCAGCCUGUGUGGAAAUUACAUUUUGCAGAUGCAGCGUUGGCUCGGAACUACAUAGCCUAGCAUCAGUACUACCUGCACAAAUGCCAUUCCUCAAGGUGAAACACCUCAUGUUGUCAACAACUAGUGGUCAGUUUUCCACAAAUGGUCAAAGCUCCAGUCAGGAAUUGCCAAGGCAACACCAGGACUUCUUCCAAGUUGAUUACCAGCAAGCAUGGCAGAUGUACUUAUUGCUGUUUUGCUGCAGUUUUGUGUUGUUAUUGUUUGUUUAUUGCAUUUCCAAUUCAAUUUUAUAGCAUUGGCAUGAUAAAACUGGUCUGGCAGUUGCUGCCAAUCCUGACUAGAGCUCAAAUAGAGACUUAGAUAAUGGAUCAUGGACAUUGUACAGUGUACUGUGGACACUUGUGAUGGCUUGCAUGGAUGAAGCUCCCAUGCAGCAGGGCUGCUAUUCUACACUGUGUCCGUGAGCUGAACCUCAUUACAAACAAACCUCCCUCGUCUUUCAUUUAUAAAUGUGUGUUGUAUUCUUAUCUUGAUUUGACCUGGUAGUGCUCCGUGUUUAUUAUUGAAGAUGCUGUAUGUUUUAUUGGUGGAUUUAACCAUUGGAAUCCGUUCUUUUUGUAUGUGUGUGUACUUGGAUUAUUGUGAUUGCAUUGUUAUUUAUUGCGAAUGAGAAUUUCAUAUCAAAAGUCAAGUCUAUUUUCCUCUGGUCUGGUAUCUCCUGAUUAAAAGAUUUUGAGAUGA